UUGUCUGCUUGUUUUAGUUUUCUCCUACGUAAAAAUUCUCAGUUUGGAAAUGAGUUAGGCAACCUGUAGCGAGUCUCAGCCACAGAUCACAUGACAAUACCAGCUGAGCUUCAGGUUUAUAACAUUUAUCAUCACUUUUAGUUUGCAUGCUGAGAUUAAUUAUCUGAGAUUUUACUUCAACAGUUGUGUUAAUGCACUACACACUCAAGACCAAAACAGAAGGAGUUUACAGUAUCUGAUGAGGACACAAGAAAUGAUUGACCAGGGUAGAAUAAAACUCAACCUGAUAAACUAGAAUAACAAAGCUCUGCCCUCCACCUGACUCACCUGAGACAUACAAAGAAACAGGUUGUUAUUCUGCCUCACUGAGACAACACACACACACUCUGAGAGACGGAGGAUAAGAUUCCCAUUCAGACCAGCACGUCCUUUGAGAGAGGACAUCUACAGGAGGGAAUAUUGGGAAUACUGGGACACUACCACUUCAUCCAGCUGCUGAAUCCACAAACUGAACGAGUGAUUUACAACAACAAAGACUCAAAGUGAACGUAAGUUUGAGGGAACAGGGAGUGUCUGAGCUGUCUGCCUGCUGUGAUUUCUGCUUCACUCAGAGACUAAAUGGCUUCCAGGUUAGAGGAAGAUCUCUGCUGUCCUGUCUGCCAUGAAGUCUUUAAAGAUCCUGUCAUCCUGUCAUGUAGCCACAGCUUCUGUAGAGACUGUCUGCAGAGCUGGUGGACAGAGAAACUAAUACAUGAGUGUCCAGUUUGUAAGGAAAGAUCUUUGUUUGAACCCCCUUUAAAGCGGAGGUUAAAGAACCUGUGUGAGAGUUUCCUACAGGAGAGAGAUCAGAGAGCUUCAGAGGCUCUCUGCAGUCUGCACUCUGAGAAACUCAAACUCUUCUGUCUGGACCAUCAGCAGCCAGUGUGUCUCGUCUGCAGAGAUUCAGAAAAACACUCCAACCACAUAAUCAGACCCAUCGAUGAAGCUGCACGACAACACAAGAAGGAACUUCAGGAAACUCUGGAGCCCUUAAAGGAGAAGUUAAAGGUUUUUGAACAAGUUAAAGAGAAGUUUGAUCAAACAGCAGAAGACCUGAAGGUUCAGGCCCGACGCACAGAGACGCAGAUUAAGGAUCAGUUUAAGAAGCUUCACCAGUUUCUAGAAGAGGAAGAGGAGGCCAGGAUGGCUGCACUGAGGGAGGAAGAGGAGCAGAAGAGUCAGAGGAUGAAGGAGAAGAUGGAGGCUCUGAGCAGAGAGAUAGCAGCUCUUUCAGACACAGUCAGAGCCACAGAGGAGCAGCUGAGAGCUGAAGACUUCUCAUUCCUGAUCAACUACAAGGCUGCAGUGGAAAGAGUCCAGCAGAGCCCCCUGCUGGAGGAUCCACAGCUGCUCUCAGGAGCUCUGAUAGACGAGGCCAAACACCUGGGCAACCUGAGCUUCAACAUCUGGAACAAGAUGAAGGACCUGGUCUCCUACACUCCUCUGGUUCUGGACCCAAACACUGCUCAUCCAAAACUCAUCCUGUCUGAAGAUCUGACCAGUGUGAGAACAGGAGAGAAACAGCAGCUUCCUGAUAAUCCAGAGAGGAUUGAUGGUUACCCCUCUGUCCUGGGCUCUGAGGGCUUUAACUCAGGGACUCACAGCUGGGAUGUCAAGGUUGGAGACAGUACAGGCUGGGCUCUGGGUGUGUUAGGAGAGUCUGUCCAGAGGAAGGGACUCAUACGGUCUGGAUUAUGGACAAUGUAUUUCUCUGGAGGUGGAUACCUAGCAUCCUCUCCAUCAGGUCCAACCACUGUUCUCCUGUUGAAGAAGAAGCUCCAGAGGAUCAGAGUGACUCUGAACUGGAACAGAGGAAAUCUGUCCUUCUCUGAUCCUGAUACUAACACACACAUACACACCUUCACACACACUUUCACUGAGAAGAUGUUUCCAUUUUUUAACACUGUGGGUGAACUGAAGGUUUCCCCAGUGAAGGUCUGUGUGAGACUGUACAACAAGAAGUCCACGUUUCAGAUUUUGGUGGUGGGAGGGGCUUCCCUUUGAUUAUCAAAUAUAUCUUUAAUAGGGCUCGGUACUGAACUUACAUACUUUCGGGCACUGAUUGAAUUGCCUCCAUAGUAAUGAGUAUUUAAAAAUGCCUCGUAAUUCAAUAACAAAUGUCAGUACUUAAAUUAAAAGGUUGGUUUGGUCAGUAAUCAAACUGCUACAAGCCUUCUAGGCUACUUCUACUUGGAGAGAAGCUAAAUGUUUCAACUGUUUAUACAUUAAUGUUAAUUUAAGGCAUCACUUUGACCUAUUUCAACCGUUAGCUAAAUAUUUCAACUGUUAGAUACUUUAAAAAAUUUCUCCAAUAAUUUAGCUAAAUAUGCGAACUGUUUAGUCAUUACUUUUAGCUAAACUUCUGUGCUUGCCUGCUAACCAGUUUCCACACGCUCUAACAUAACUGAACAUGUAGUGUUCAGUUAUGUUACAGGUGAUGAUCUAACUACAACAUGUAGAGUUCAGGUGUUACAGGUGAUGAUCUAACUACAACAUGUAGAGUUCAGGUGUUACAGGUGAUGAUCUAACUACAACAUGUAGAGUUCAGGUGUUACAGGUGAUGAUCUAACUACAACAUGUAGAGUUCAGGUGUUACAGGUGAUGAUCUAACUGCAACAUGUAGAGUUCAGGUGUUACAGGUGAUGAUGUAACUGCAACAUGUAGUGUUCAGGUGUUACAGGUGAUGAUGUAACUACAACAUGUAGUGUUCAGGUGUUACAGGUGAUGAUCUAACUACAAUAUGUAGAGUUCAGGUGUUACAGGUGAUGAUGUAACUACAAUAUGUAGAGUUCAGGUGUUACAGGUGAUGAUCUAACUACAACAUGUAGUGUUCAGGUGUUACAGGUGAUGAUCUAACUACAACAUGUAGUGUUCAGGUGUUACAGGUGAUGAUCUAACUACAACAUGUAGUGUUCAGGUGUUACAGGUGAUGAUCUAACUACAACAUGUAGUGUUCAGGUGUUACAGGUGAUGAUCUAACUACAACAUGUAGUGUUCAGGUGUUACAGGUGAUGAUGUAACUACAACAUGUAGUGUUCAGGUGUUACAGGUGAUGAUCUAACUACAACAUGUAGAGUUCAGGUGUUACAGGUGAUGAUGUAACUACAACAUGUAGAGUUCAGGUGUUACAGGUGAUGAUGUAACUACAACAUGUAGUGUUCAGGUGUUACAGGUGAUGAUGUAACUGCAACAUGUAGUGUUCAGGUGUUACAGGUGAUGAUCUAACUACAACAUGUAGAGUUCAGGUGUUACAGGUGAUGAUCUAACUACAACAUGUAGAGUUCAGGUGUUACAGGUGAUGAUGUAACUACAACAUGUAGUGUUCAGGUGUUACAGGUGAUGAUGUAACUACAACAUGUAGUGUUCAGGUGUUACAGGUGAUGAUGUAACUACAACAUGUAGUGUUCAGGUGUUACAGGUGAUGAUGUAACUACAACAUGUAGUGUUCAGGUGUUACAGGUGAUGAUGUAACUACAACAUGUAGUGUUCAGGUGUUACAGGUGAUGAUGUAACUGCAACAUGUAGUGUUCAGGUGUUACAGGUGAUGAUGUAACUGCAACAUGUAGUGUUCAGGUGUUACAGGUGAUGAUGUAACUGCAACAUGUAGUGUUCAGGUGUUACAGGUGAUGAUGUAACUGCAACAUGUAGAGUUCAGGUGUUACAGGUGAUGAUGUAAUGGCCGGCAGGACACCGUUGUGUUGACUGUUCUGAACUGAAGCAGUGCAUCAUGGGAACAUGUUCUGAACUGAAGCAGUGCAUCAUGGAAACAUGUUCUGAACUGAAGCAGUGCAAAGCAUCAUGGGAACAUGUUCUGAACUGAAGCAGUGCAAAGCAUCAUGGGAAUAUGUUCUGAACUGAAGCAGUGCAAAGCAUCAUGGGAACAUGUUCUGAACUGAAGCA